AUGGCCGUGCCUACACAACACGAGGCCGCGAAGAAAGAUGGAAGGCCGUGUCCAAGAAUAAAGUAUGCGGGGAGAACGAGUGCUUCGGUGUAUGAAUCUUUUUCAUGGAUAUGUGGCGGAGAAAAUGAAGAAGGCAAGGAGACAUUUUAUUGCUGGCCCUGUCUAGUGAUGGGUGACAUAUCAACGAUGAAAGGUUCAUUUGUGCAAGUGAACGGUUUCAAAUCGACUGGACGAAACCUUGUAAAUGUUGCUGGCAGCCAUCAAUCAUCAAAAAAGCAUAUGAUGAACCACACGUCAUACAAGUUGCUUGGGAACGUUGAUGUCGCUUGUGCUAUAGAUGAGGCCAGGCAAAGAGAAGUGACAAGACACAACAACAACGCAUCACGGUAUACAAAGAUGCUGCACCACCACAUUGAUAUUUCUGUGCUGUUGUCUGGCCAAGGGCUCGCAUUUCGUGCUCACGACGAGUCCAAACGGUCAUCGAACCGGGGCAAUUUCCUGGAGCUUAUGGACCUCCUAGCAUGCUAUAGCCACGAACUGCGCUCCUUUUUAGACAAAGAACACGUGACGUACACAUCCCAUGAUCCGCAAAAUGACCUCAUCGAUUGCAUCGCUGAAGAAGUACGCAGUGAGAUUCAAAAUCGAAUCCACACUUCGAAUUUUAUUGCAAUCAUGAUGGAUGAUACUAGUGAUAUCAGCAAUGUCGAGCAGUCAGCAGUUUCUGUCAGGCUCAUUCACCAAGGAGAAGUGGAGGAGCAUUUAUUGGGACUUAUCGACGUGAGUGACGACCAAUCAGCAGAUGGCCUAACCACAGCCCUUCUAAAUACCCUCGCAAAAUACAAAAUCGUCCCAGAUGCUUUCUGUGAGAAGGUUGUCGGCCAAUCUUACGAUGGAGCUGCGACGAUGAGCGGUGAGCUAAAUGGUGUUCAGGCGCAGAUGCAAAGAAGAUUUCCUGUAGCCUACUACAAUCAUUGUGUCGCUCACAGGAUGUCAUUGAGUGCCUCUCAAUCCGCUACUAAAAUUCCAAAAGUAGCCAAAUUCUUCGCCACGAUUGACAGAAUGAUUAAUUUCUUUCGUAGCAGUCCAAAACGCAGUAGACAUCUGGGACAUAGCCUUCCAAGACCUGGAGACACUCGCUGGCUAUCGCGUGACACAGCAAUUGGCGUUAUAGAUUCAUUUUAUGAGGAUAUCGGUGCUGCAUUAUACGAGUUUUCAAAUGCUUCCAACGAAAAGGCAGAGACUCAGACAAAAGCUCGUGGAAUAGGGACACAGAUGCAGCAAGUCGAGUUUGUGUUUUUGCUCAAGACGUACAGGAAGAUAUUCGAGCACUGUACUCCCAUAAUAGUCACAAUGCAGAAAACGACCCUGGAUGCCAUACAGCUGACCUCAAUGAUAAAUUAUUUUAAAGGAGUCUUGGCAAAUUUCAAUUUUGAUGGAGUUUGGGAAGAUACUCUACUUACUGAUCCUGAGCUUCCUACCGUUCGCAAUAGGGGAGGAUGGAGAGCAAUGGAGCAAGGAAAUGAUGGAUCACAGGAGAGCUGGAGGUCAACUCUUACAAAACUCGGCAAAGAAAUUGUUGCAACGUUUACGGAGCAACUCGAUUGGCGAUUUGCAAACCUCUCAAAAUUCCAAUGGAUGAAUUUAGUGCAUCCAAGCAAAUUUAAUGAGAGAAAAGAAGCAACUGUGCGGGAGCAAAGACUGCUGAUCGAGGAGCUUCGGAAACAUUACCCAUUUGCCGUGGAUGAUACGACAGCUACAGAAUAUAAUCUGAACGUAUUGUACAACAAUAACGAGAUUGCUAUUUUGCUGAAAAAGUUGGUACGCGAGCGUGAUGCUUUGGCGGCGCAAAAGCAAGCUCGACGAAGAAAACGUGCUCGAAAAGAGGUGGAAGUUGGUGCAGAUGCCGCAAGUGACACAGAAGAUGUAGAAGAGCGAGAUCUGUUCGAAGUUGAAGAAGGCGGCAACCUGGAGAUUGAAUUGGUAAAGGAAGGCAUGCCAACGAUUCAAGAUCUUCUUUUUGUAAUCAAGAGUGCUGACCUUUCUGACGCCCUUCCACAAGUGGUAAAGUUGCUGGAGCUUGCCGUAACAAUACCACUUACGAGUGUUCACUGUGAGAGAGUUUUCAGCAGAAUGAAGCGUGUGGUUUCCGCUUUAAGAUCGAAGAUGCUCCAAACCAGAAAGGAAAAUCUAGUUUUUCUUCAAGUGGAAAAUCGAUUGCUGAAGUUGCUUGCAGCUAGACCUUCUUUUAAAGACAACGUUGUCAGCCGUUUUAAAACAAUCAACCGACGUCGCUUUGAAAGAUUUUCAAGGAAAUAA